CUCUCUCUCUCUCUCUCUCUAGAUAUAUAUUUGUUUAUGUUAUCUACAUGUGCACUUGUUGUGUGUGUAUAUGUAUCUGUGGAAGUGCCUUUCUCAAGUCUCUUAGGAUCUCCAAACUCUUUUCUUGAUUGAAUGAGAUUGAGAUUUUGAAUUUGAAUAUACGUUUAUGCAUUUGAACUUGGCUCUGAAGCGCUCAUUCACAUGAGAUUUGAGCUGUGGAAGGUUUGUCAAGUUCGUGUAUGUAUGUAUGUACGUACAAAGCAGCUUCCGAUUCCGAUCAGAAAUUUUUGUUCAAUAAAAGUUUUGAAUUCAUUGUAUUGGAAGUUGACUUGAAGAAGUGAGUUUUUUCAACGUUUGAAUGUGUUGUUGUUGAGAGAAAUGCACUGUUCAAUGUUUGAUUUCUUCGACUCGAUGAUCUGCAGAAAUUUGCAGAGACUGUACGGUCAAUUAGGAUUUGAUUUGUUGUUCUUUACGUGAGGAGUUGAAGUUGUCGAAAUUUGUUAGAGAGAGAAAGCAAAGGGAAGGAGAGAGAGAGAGAGAAGCGAAGCGUGUGGGUGAGAUUGUUGUUCACGUGCAGCUUGUGAAAAUGCCGCACAGAACGACUUACUUCUUUCCAAGGCAAUUUCCGGACCGUGGAUUCGAUGCAUCGUCAAAAGCAUUUAUAGAUCACGAGAAGACAAUCUCCAAAGAGAGCUUUAUUAAUGGGGAAAGCGACAGAAAAUCGUCAAAGAUCUCAAAGGAGGUCAUAGUCGGAGGCAGGAAGCAGAGCUCAACUGUAUCGGAUUAUCUCACGGGCGACACGAUUCACGGAAAACAAUUGGCUGCUUUUGUCAAUUGGUUGAGUGAGAAAAAGGGAGAGAGGUUCGGUCACGUGAAGUUAAAAUUGGACGGCGGCGAUGACGAUGAGGAUCACGAACAACACCCGCUCUUGCUUCAACCUCCGCCGCCGCCGCCGGAACCGGUUGUUGCCGGUAAUGACCGGAGUUUUCCGGAGGUGGAUGGUGGUGCAGCCGGUAGAGGACGGGGAUUUGACCGGCAGGUGUCGUUGCAGAGGUUGUCGAGUGGGAGUAGUUAUGGUGGUGGUGCGGCGGCUGAGGUGGUGGUUGGUGGUGGCGGUAGAGAACGGGGGUUUGAGAGGAAGACGACGUCGUUGCAGAGGUUGUCGAGUGGGAGUAGCUAUGCUGGGAGUCUGUUUUCGGGGACGACAUUGGAUGGGAAUUUGUCGAGCGGUGGUGUGAAGUAUUCUCAGUUCUCGACAACAAGGGAGGAAGAGGAGGAGGAAGAGAGUAGAGAGAGUUUGGCUAGUAAGUCUCGAGAAAGCUAUUAUUUACAGCUCACAUUAGCUAAACGCCUCUCCGAGCAAGCGUCGCUUGCCAGUGACCCCCUCCUCUUUCAACUGUGUGGGGCGGAUAGUCUCAUUGUAUCUCCUGAUGCAGAAACUGUUUCGUAUAGACUCUGGGUUAAUGGUUGCUUGUCAUAUACUGAUAAGAUCUCAGAUGGAUUCUACAACAUUUUGGGAAUGAAUCCGUAUCUGUGGGUGAUGUGCAAUGACUUGGAGGAAGGUAAACGGAUACCAUCUCUGAUGGCACUUAAAGCUGUUGAACCCAGUGAUGCAUCAAUGGAGGUUGUUAUUGUUGAUAGAUAUGGCGACACUCGUCUUAAGGAGCUAGAAGAUAAAGCACAGGAACUGUAUUUUGCAACAGAAAAUACCUUGGUGUUGGUGGAAAAGCUAGGCAAACUUGUUGCUAUAUAUAUGGGGGGCACUUUUCCAGUGGAGCAAGGUGAUCUGCACGUGCGCUGGAAAUUGGUUAGCCAGAGAUUGAGGGAUUUUCAGAAAUGCAUUGUGCUUCCCAUUGGCAGCCUCUCUACAGGACUGUGUAGGCAUCGCGCUAUUCUUUUCAAGAAAUUGGCAGACUACAUAGGUCUGCCUUGCCGAAUAGCUCGAGGUUGCAAGUACUGUGUUGCAGACCAUCGGUCUUCUUGUCUCAUUCAAAUUGAGGAUGACGGGAAACUUCCUAGGGAAUAUGUAGUUGAUCUAGUUGGGGAACCAGGAAAUGUCCAUGGUCCAGAUUCCUCAAUCAAUGGAGCUGGACUUUCCUCAGUGCCUUCACCAUUUCAGAUUUCACAUCUAAAAGAGUUUCAACAACCUUACAUAGAUAACGCAUCACAUUGUCAGAUCUCAAACUCAAAGCACACAUGUGCCCCUUCUGAAAAUCCUCUACAUUCAGGCAUUGGGCAAGUUCAUCCAAAGGAGGAUAUUGGCUUGCAUAAAAAUCUGAGAGAGACCAUGUAUAGUCCAAGUGAUCAAGGUUGUGGAGGAAGUGAAUCACCUGAACGUCUGGAUGUUGGUGCUGCUGGAAUAUCAAGAGAGGAAUAUUCUAGGCCUGGUGGAGAGAACGUAGUCAGACAACACGCUUGGAGAAAAGAAAUUUUUGUAUCUGGAAGUCCAAGUAUAAAUACUCCUCUCAAACAACCUAAAGUAAACUUACCUUGUCCAUCGGAUCUCAUGGAGGUCAAGAGUGAACUUGAAAAUCAAGGCAUAUUUCCCAAAAUUACUGUCCCAAGAUAUUUAAACCUUGAGCCUUCUCUUGCAAUGGAUUGGCUUGAGAUCUCGUGGGAUGACUUACACAUCAAAGAGCGCAUCGGUGCUGGUUCUUUUGGGACAGUGCAUCGUGCUGAAUGGCAUGGAUCGGAUGUUGCAGUCAAGGUUCUAACAGUCCAAGAUUUUUGUGAUGAUCAGUUGAAGGAAUUCCUGAGGGAGGUUGCGAUAAUGAAGCGCGUUCGUCAUCCUAAUGUUGUGCUCUUCAUGGGUGCGGUUACACAACGGCCACAUUUGUCAAUCGUGACAGAAUAUCUACCAAGGGGUAGUCUAUACCGCCUCAUCCAUAGGGCAGAUGCUGGUGAAGUUUUGGACCAAAGGAGGCGCUUACGCAUGGCUCUGGAUGUGGCCAAGGGUAUUAACUAUCUUCAUUGUCUUAGCCCUCCGGUAGUUCACUGGGAUCUUAAAUCUCCAAAUCUGUUGGUUGAUAAAAAUUGGACGGUGAAGGUAUGUGAUUUUGGGUUGUCCAGAUUCAAAGCAAACACUUUCAUAUCUUCAAAAUCUGUUGCUGGAACACCUGAGUGGAUGGCCCCUGAAUUCCUUCGAGGAGAGCCCACAAAUGAGAAGUCCGAUGUCUACAGUUUCGGAGUAAUUUUGUGGGAGCUCGUGACCAUGCAACAACCUUGGAGCGGACUUGGCCCUGCCCAGGUUGUCGGGGCUGUUGCUUUCCAGAACAGAAGGCUUGCGAUCCCGAAGAACACCUCCCCAAUAUUAGCUUCUCUCAUGGAAUCUUGCUGGGCAGAUGACCCUGCCGAGCGCCCCUCGUUUGGGAGUAUUGUUGAAACGCUGAAGAAGUUACUAAAAUCUCCACUGCAGUUGAUACAGAUGGGAGGGCCAUAAAAGAGUCUUUUCCAGAUGGGGUUUAAUCCAGGUGAAGCAUUUGAAACCCCUAAAGCCGAGUUUUUGGAGUUUGACCAUAAUACUACACUACUAGCAGAGAAAUUCUGGGUAUAUCUAAUUUCUUACACUGACCUGAACCUUGUGCUGUUUCAGAGCAACAAACUCAUAUAUUAUGCUUUAUCUAACCCAUUUGAAAAAGGCUUACUCUCAUCUGGCCAAAAGUUUUUAAGUGUAAAUGCAGAAAAAUUGGAUCUCUCUAUUAGGGUUUCAUCUGGAUAUGCCCAUUCUCCCAUAUAUGUUUUGUUGCAGCUUUUUCUUAAAUUUAUGAAUUUAAAUAUGAUGUAAAAGAAUGUUUAUUCAAAAGUUGGGAAAGUAGUCUUUUAGCUUUUGAUUAUAGAUUAUCUACUAUGAAUUUAAAUAAGAUGUAAAAGAAUGAUUAUUCGAAAGUUAUCUUAUUCGAUGGGAAAGUAGUCUUUUUAGCUUUU